AAUGUUUUGGUUAAAUUUUGUAAUAAAAACAAAAAUUUAAUAACACAAAAAUAGUUAAUUAUAUUAAUAUCUCCUUGAAAAAUCAAAAGUUACAAUAAAACGGGUGUUUCGUAAUUUUUUUUUUUUAUUUUUUGAAAUGCUGGUAAUUUUUCACUCUUCAAAAAAGAACGAAGAACAAAAACUUAAAUGCAAAUUAUAAGUUGAAAAAAGGGGAGCUAAUUGGGAGGCAAAAAGCUCUUUUGGAAAAAGUUGUGUCUGCUCCUUGUUGAUGACGACGAGCGACGCACGGUGUGUCCUCUGUGUGUAUCAAUGAAAAUCAUUGUCCUCAUAUCAUUCAUUCAUUCCAAACAUUUUGGUGCAGUAAGUCGUGUGAAUAAACUAGAUACGCACAAAAGCAUAAAGUUGAAAGUUGACAUAAGAUUUGUUAAACAAAAAUUAAAAGAAAAAUAGAAAAGAAUACAAAAGUUAAAAGUGGAAAAGUGUGUAAAUUAAAAAAAGAAAAAGGAAGACUUCAAAAAUCUUCUAAAGGGGGUUCCCUUUUCUUCAUCAAAUUGAUUCAUCAUCCAUCAGAGAACAAAGGCUUCAAAUAAAUACAUUCAAUGAACACCACCUUAUUUGUGCCAAAGUAUGGCCAUAAUCAUACAACAGACGAUGAACCAAUUUUUGUCCAAGCACUAGCAGCUAUUAGCCAUCAUCAUCAUCAUUAUAAACGACAUGAAUUUUCACCCGUAACAUUAUCAGGCGAAUGGCCACGUAUGACACGCCUUCUAAUCCUAUCAUGUAUAUCAUUAAUUGGGAGCGUUGGAAAUAUAUUCAUGAUUUCAUCGAUCAUGAUUGAAGAUCAUCUUAAACGUGCAGGGAAUGCAUUUAUAGGUAACAUAGCUCUAGCUGAUUUAUUAGUUACCAGUGUCCUGAUGCCGGCUUCCACGAUCGUCCUUUUAGCUGACAUUGAGGACACUCAAUCAGUGUGUAGAGUGCAGUGGUUUCUAGCCACCUGUGCAUUUUUAGUCAGUAUUUUAUCAUUGGCAAUGACGGCGGUUGAAAACUACAAUAGACUAUGCACUCCACAAGAUGUUCGACCCUGGUUCAAUCGUGUCCGCACCACCAAUUCAAUUAUAUUUCUAUGGUUAAUUGGUGUAAUAGUAUCAGGCGGGCAAUUUCUGUUCGAAGAUAGUUUUGAUUUUUGCAAGAAGCGGAAAAAUCAACCUCUUCCAUAUCAAGCGGCAGUAAUGGCUCUAAUAAUGCUCGUCCCAAUCCUAGUAGCGUUCUACACCCACAUGAAGAUCAUAAUCGAUGCAAAGAGCUUCGUCAAAUCUCAAAACUUUAAACCCAGCAUGUUGUACACCUCGGACAUUUAUCUAGCCAAGACCAAUUUCUACAGCUAUAUCAUAUUUGUUGCAUUUUGGCUUCCAUUUGGCAUCGUUUUGGCUUAUGGUUGGGUUGCAACCAUUUCCAAUAAAGUAUUCUACAAUACCUUUUGGAUUGGUCUCAGCAAAUCAUGUUUCCACAAUGUCAUCUAUUGCCUAACCAAUAGACACUUUCGCAACGCUUAUGUCAAUCUAUUCCAUUAUUGCUGCUGCAAGACUACGGUGUCUGUGGCAAGACGACAACGCACCGAAGGAUGUCGACCGUCCGCUGAUGUUCGGGUUCACAUAAUACCCGGCUAUAAUAUGUACUCGUAUACAAGUCCUCAACGAGCUGGUAAUAACCAUCACUACUGGAAUAAGAGGGACGUUCAUGAAUUAUGAUCAGAAGCCUAAUUCGUAUAAGGUGCUCUGGAUGAUGCCCGCAUAUAAAUCUUAAUCCUUUGAGGAUGAUUCCAAGAUCCGUGUCAUUGGUGAGUUUGAAAUAAAUACAAAAACAAAAACAUACAAAAUCAUAAACGCAGCUAAAAUCGCAUGUUUAGGGAGCAAAAAGAAUGAGCUUUAUGUAAAAGGAAAGAAUAAAAAUUGAAUUUUGUGCGCAUAAUAUUUCCAAUAAUUUUCAAUUUUGAACUGAUUAUUUUGUUGGGUUCCCUUUUAACACAAAAUAUAAAAUUAAACAAAAAAAACACUAAACUAAAAAAUUAUGCUAUUUUGCCAAAAAAUAAAAAAAUUAUUUAUUAUAUAAAAUAAAAUAAAAUAAAAAAAGUUAUACACGUAUUCGUACAUUUUUGAAAUUUUCUACAGAAUGGAGCAUUUAAAAAAUAAAAUAACCCAACACAAAAGCGAUGAUGAAGACUUAAAAUUAACAUUUUUUAUACUUUAUGGUUAAAAAACAAAUAUAAGUAUAUACAAAUAAAUGUGUAUUUAAACUCUUAAAAAAAAAUAAAAUAAAAAUUAUAUGUAAAUAUACGGAUGGAGAAUAAUUAUACUUAUGUUUUACUCAAAAUGAUAUUGAUGUUAUAAAUGAUGUAAUUAAUGAAUAUAAAUAAGAAAACAACAACAAAAAUAUAAAAUUUUAACAUUUUUCGAUGUAAACUGCAUACAAUUGGUGUAUUUCUGAGUAAUUUUAUUUGUAUUUUUUCUAAAACUAGCGAUAGGUUCUCUUUUUAUGAUGAAAACAGGAAUCUCACACAAAUGUCUUAUUGUGCCUCCAGGCUAAACGGAUAUGUAAACGUUAUUAAACAUGUCCCUUAUAAUCUUCUCUUAUGUUUUUAUCUAUUGUUUAAGGACCAAGAGUAACAGUGGUUGACAUUCUUCGCCUUCAAAUAAAAUCGUAUAUUUGGUUUUGGUAUAGUAAACCCCGGUUAAGAGAUAAACUCAUUUAUUUGACUACGCGCAAAUAUUUGCUGACCAAAAAACUUAACUAAAGGGCAUUGCACAUGAGAGCGAACAACAAAUGAACGAAUGAACGAACAACGUGAUUUUAUACAUUUUAAAAGUCAAUUUCAAACAAAAAUACAUUUAAAUUAUAAGUAACCAAUUGACACUUAUGUUUGGAUAGUAAAAUUUGUUUUUUUGUUCUCUAAAACAACCCAAUUUUGUAAAAACAAUUUGGUAGUAACGAAUUGCAGAGUGGUUGCUACGAACUGUCAAACUCUAUUCACGUACCAUCCACACUGAAACGAAUAAUGGCUGAAUCACAAACACGCUUCGUC